AUGGGCAGUGUGGCCAUUGUGGAGGUGCACUUAGUAGAGCAGAACCAGGGAUCUUCAAGAUUGGAGACUGCUCAGAGAGGCAGCCUAGGCGCUGUUUCUCCAUUUCAGGUGCUGAGAAGCCUGCGGGGUUGGGAGCCCAGGGUUCCGGGUUACCGGAGGGGCUGGCCACAGUUGGUGCUGAGCUCACACUUCUCCCCAUCCACCAAGGUUUGCAAGGGGUUCUGGUCUCUACAGUUCCCGCCAGUUCUGAGCAUCAGGAGCGGCUGCUCUCAAGCAUCUUCAUCCUCCUUGGCAGCUUUGCGCAGCUUCCCAAGGGCCUUUGGUGAGAAGCAGCACCGAGAACCUGAUUUAAUCUCAUUUGCCAUUCUCAACAGCCGACGGAGGACAUCAACAUCCAUAGACACUCGCCCUUCUUACAUGGGAAGGGCCAAUGAAAAUGAGCCUGGGGAUACAAGUGUUAGAAGCCCAAGAUGUGCUGUCUACAGACUAAACCUUCAAGAAAUGAAAGCUGCAUUCUGUCCAAUGAUCAGUCCAGCAUUGGUUACGUAUUCUGGAUGGAGGAGGCAAAAGAACAAGCUCAUCACUGUCACAGCCAUGGAGAAGCUGAUUGGUUGCCCCGUGUGCAUUGAGCACAAGAAGUACAGUCGCAAUGCCCUCCUCUUCAACCUGGGCUUUGUGUGCGAUGCCCAGGCCAAGACCUGUGCCCUGGAGCCCAUCGUGAAAAAGCUGGCUGGCCACCUGACCACGCUUGAGUUGGAGAGCAGUUUUGUGUCCACCGAGGAGAGCAAGCAGAAGCUGGUUCCCAUCAUGACCAUCUUGCUGGAGGAGCUCAGUGCCUCUGGCCGGUGCACUCUGUCCAUUGAUGAGUCCAACACCAUCCACUUGAAGGUGAUUGAGCAGCGGCCGGACCCCCCUGUGGACCAGGAGUAUGACGUGCCUGUCUUUUCCAAAGACAAGGAAGACUUCUGUAACUCGCAGUGGGACCUCACCACACAACAGAUUCUGCCCUAUAUAGAUGGCUUCCGGCACGUCCAGAAGAUCUUGGCUGACGCGGACGUGGAGCUCAACCUGGUGCGCCUCGCCAUCCAGAACCUGCUGUACUAUGGCGUUGUGACACUGGUGUCCAUCCUGCAGUACUCCAAUGUGUACUGCCCGACGCCCAAGGUCCAGCACCUGGUAGAUGACAAGUCGCUGCAGGAGGCAUGUCUAUCCUAUGUGACCAAGCAAGGGCAAAAGAGGGCCAGCCUGCGGGAUGUGUUCCAGCUGUACUGCAGCCUGAGUCCUGGCACAACUGUGCGAGACCUCAUCGGCCGCCACCCCCAGCAGCUGCAGCAUGUCGAUGAACGGAAGCUGAUCCAGUUUGGGCUCAUGAAGAACCUCAUCUGGCGACUACAGAAGUAUCCUGUGCGAGUGUCUCGCGAUGAGCGAAGCCACCCUGUGUGGCUUUACAUGGGUUGCCAUAGCUACGACGAGAUCUGCUGCAAGACAAGCAUGAGUUACCAUGAGUUGGAUGAGCGGCUGGAAAAUGACCCCAACAUCAUCAUCUGCUGGAAGUGAGGCUGCUGGUGGCUGCGUGGGCACGGUGCUGAGCCCUGCCUGGCG